AUGGAAUUUGUAUCAAACUUCAAUCUGUCUGAAAACUACAGAGACUGUCCCUACCAGCCACUUCACUUGUCCCUGUUCGAGCUCAAAACUCUAGUUCCGGUCACGGUAGUGUGUGUGGGCCUAUUCUUCCUAGGAGUGCUUGGGAACCUGGCCACCAUCUUUGUGUUUCAACGAUGCAAGGAGAUGAGGACCACCACCAACCUAUAUCUCUCUAGCAUGGCUCUUUCUGACAUCCUGAUCUUUGCUGGCCUGCCCCUUGACCUCUACCGCCUCUGGAGGUACUGCCCGUUCGUGUUUGGGGACUUCCUGUGCCGCUUCCAGUUCUAUUUGAGCGAGACUUGCACGUAUGCUACCAUUCUCCACAUAACCACCCUCAGCAUGGAACGCUACCUGGCUAUUUGCUUCCCGCUCCAGGCCAAGGUGCUGGUCACCAAGGAGAGAGUUAAGCUGGUUAUCAUGGCUCUCUGGGUAAUCUCCAUGGUAACGGCCGCCCCUGUUUUCUUUAUCGUCAAGGUGGAGAGCCAGGAAUGUAAGCUUACAGAGCAGGCUGUCCAAUCUGGUCUUUUGCAGACAAUGACCUGGGUCUCUACGCUGUACUUCUUCCUGCCCCUGCUGUGUAUGAGCCUCCUUUAUGGGCUCAUUGGAAGGAAGUUGUGGAGGACCAAAAGGGAUAUCCAGGGGCCCAGUGCUAGGAACCGGGAGAGGUACCAUCGGCAGACCAUCAAGAUGUUGGCUCUGGUGGUGCUGGCCUUCACACUGUGCUGGCUGCCCUUCCACGUGGGCCGUAUCCUGUUCUCAAACGCCUCCAGGAGUGACAUCGAGGCCCAGGACCUGUUCACCACCAGCCAGUACUUCAACCUGGUCUCCAUGGUGCUCUUCUACCUCAGCGCCUCCAUCAAUCCAGUCCUGUACAACCUCAUGUCAGAGCGCUACCGCAGCGCAUUGCGCCGCCUGCUGGGCAAGCCCGCGGCACCCCUACGAGGGCAGGGCUCCUGCUGCCAGAGCCAGGUAGAGUGCCCUGAAGGAACGGAAGUCAGCACCUGUGUGUGAGAGGGUGAUCAAAGAGCAGCACAGCUCACACCAUCCUGCAAUGUCCAUUCUCAAACCAUAUAUACAUAGGGAACGCCAUCUCAACAUACAAGACAAUACUGUGCCAUGCUACAGCAGUGCUAUACGUUGUACCCUGGCAGAACCAUGCAACAGCACAGAAGGAAGUUUCUGGGCUGUGUUUGAUACAUUUUCUACUCAUUAAAGCAGACUUGCCUUCUACACAAUAUUUUAUUUGUUAAAUGUGAACCACAUAGUAGUCUCCAUUAGUUAUAACCAUGUAGUAUUUAAUAUAAUUGUGUUUCUUUUAUUGAUCACUUGCAGACGGGAUCUCUAGCCAAUACUUCUUUUUGGAUGUUUUCUAGUAUUGUAUUCCCCGUUAUCUCCCAUAUCUGUAAACCCACCCUCAGAUAUAUAGAUAGAUUGAUAUCAAUCAAUAUAAAGAUCUCUAUAUCUAGCUAUCCAUUUUUUCAACUAAUGGCAUUCUUUGUAAAUGUGAUUACUUUUUAAUCUAGCAGAAUUCUAGUUAAUACUUGAUGUCCUGUAUAGCACUCCAUAUUGUAUGUUAAAUAUUCUAAGGGAGUGAUCCUCACAACUAUGCCUGCAACGGAUGUUAACAUAAAAAAAUAUUCUGUAUAACGUCAUCUUACCCCCCUUUUCAUUAUGCUUUAAGUUUAUGAGUAUAAAUACAGUGUUGAUGUGGACUGAUUUGCACACUGUAUGCAAGUCAUGCGCAAAAGUAUUUUAGGGCAGCAGAGGCCUUCCAUUAAAAUAAAUACAGAUAGGCCAAAGCAUGGCCACUCCAUUUUUUGUGCAAAACAAUGUUCCGUGAUAAUGGUGGAUAUCAAUCAGAGCAUGUUUUGUCAUGUUUUUAUGUCGUGUUGACACGGUUUGAAUGUUGACCAAUAUUCAGGAGUUGUAAACUCGUGAUGCAGACUCCAAAAAAAAAAUCUAAACAUUGGGGGCCAUAUUCACCAAGCUUUAAAUAAUUGUUAUUAUUUAUGUUUUUAAAACCGCUGUGAAUGUGGCCUUAUGUUUUUGAGCAGAUGCAUUGAGAUGACAGAAAAGCUUUUAAUUGCUCGAUUUACACAACAAAAGAAGAGUUUUUUGGAUAAUGACUAAUUUAUUUGACAUAUUAAAUAUAUUAUCUAUUUGAUAGUUACAAUUUAGCAAUACAUAAUGCAUGGCAGUUUUUAAUAUGAGUUUAUGAAAUACCUCAACAUAUUACAAAAAGUAAAAGAACACAACAGAUUUACAAUAAUGACACUAAAGUAUGUAGUGUUUGGAAUGUAUGAUUGUUAUAUACAAAAUUAAAACAAAUAUAAAAAGGACAACAAAACUGAUAGACGGCAUGAUUUAAAAACAACCGCAUCCUGUAGAAUACAUGGAAAUGUUAAUGGCAAUAAGAAUCCAGCAACGUGUGAUUUAUAACUGGCAUUCAGUCAGGAUCAAGUCCAGAUAAAAACGGACUUCGUUCAUGAACUGAACCCAUUCUAGAACAUGUGGCUUUCUGCACUUGCUUAUGUAUUGUGUGUGAUCUUUGUGCUCAUGGAAAGUUCUGGAUUGACAAGUAAAGAUUCUCCAGGAUUCUUCAUGAUCACGUCUCAAGCCUGUGAGGGAUUACUCCAAAACUGUGUCCAGUGACACUUACGCAAGACGUGUGAUUGAGCACCAAGUCUUAAAACAGCCAUCCCACUGAGCUAAGGCCUCUGGCGGUGAAAGGCUAGUGCACUAUUCAAACUUUUGACUAUAUAGAAAUACUAAAAUAAAAACUUAGAACUGAAGACUUGAGCGCUACAAGCCUGCUGUGCUUGGAGAGCAUCCGAAUCCCCAGAGCCCUAUACCACACAUUAAAACAAAAUCAGCUGCUGUUUUUCUAGAAAUAUUUUUAAAAAAGCGAACGGCUUCGGCUCAAAAGAACCCUCUUUUAAGUAACCCAAUUAAACUGAUCUUUUGCGUAACUUCAAAACGAAGGGUGGACCCUUUCAGUUGCAAAUACAAAGCAACUACAGGGUCAUUAAAGGCAUUCGAUGUGUCUUUUGUAAACUAUUCGUGUGACAGCAGAGUGAGACAGCAUACUUUAUCUGUGUGCCCACAUGUAUGUGUAUGUACAGUAGCGGUAUGUUGUACACAAAGUAGCAAACAAACAUAGCAAAGCCAUCUUUGGAAUGAGACACUGCCCUUAAUGUAGCUCUUUACAGUCCAACAGCAAACAAUUCAGGCCUAAAAAGGAUGGAUAUGUAAACAUGUUCUAAAUAAAGACACAGCUGCAUAAAAACACUGUUUUCCCUCUCAAAUCCACUGCAUAAAGCACUCACUAAAUUGAAUUGGAUCUAUUAAUCCAAUUUGCUACAAGUAGAACAAUACAUUCAAACAAGCAUAUCAAAGCCUUCUUAGCUGAAAUAAAUAGAAUACAAAUUGAGGCAUAAAUAAAAGGGAUUACAAUUAAAUGAAGCUGGGAUGAUACAAAACAGUCUUAAAUGAAAGCUGAUGUUACUCAAGCUGAAGCCAGAACGUAUUGUGUAUACUAAUGCAAUACCUUGCAUUCCACAGCCCUGCUCAGUGACUGGUUCCAGUUCCACUUCAAUAAACACCCAGGCCACGGCAAGCUGGCACUCCAUCUGAGAUUAGUAACACACUUGUUCUCACGUAACAAAUCUGAUUUGGCAAUUUACAAAAAAACAAAAGCAAAGGUAGUGAUAAUAUGCAGGCCUGUAUAACAUUUUGUAAAAUAUAAAACUAAAUAUUGAAAACCAGCAACGACCAACCAAAUUGUUACAGAGCGACAAAACAACCAAAAAAUAUAUACUUUGAUGUAGAGCAUGAAUAUUUAUUUGGCCCAAAUAUUUGGUAUUUUAUAAAUUACAUUACAGGUCUAUGACCAUCUCUGGUUGAUUUUGUUAUUUAAAUUUUUUUUUUUUUUUUUUUUUUUUCAACCAACUGCAAAAUACAAGCUGCAUAUCAUUAGUUUGUUGGAGAGAUUUGUGUUUUCUGUCUAAUUCAGCACCUGCAGUCUAGCACAAGGGGGACCACCUUACUGUGAGAACACACAGUCUAUAGGCUACGGUUUACGGGCUUACAGGUUCCUAAACAUUUUAGACUGGUAUAACUACUUGUUUUCAACAAUUUCCCUAAAUGAUAACCAUUUUAUACAUUGGUAUAUAUGU